AUGGCACAGCGAGAGUUUUUGUUACUUUUCUUUUUGGCAUUGUUGUGCAAAGCGAGUGCUAUAAGAUCACAAGCAAGCACAAAAGACCCUAUUAUUAGCACCAUUGAUGGAAGUUUUUGCUUGAGUUGGAGAUUGGCAGUGGAGACAAACAAUGAACUUCCAUGGAGAACAGUUCCAAAUAAAUGUUCACAAUAUGUUGAAGAUUACUUGAUCCAUGGACAGUAUGAAAGGGACUUGGAGUUGAUAAUGGAGCAAGCUUUGGAUUAUGUUAAUGGUGUAUCCAUUGUUGGUGAUGGCAAGGAUGCUUGGAUUUUAGAUGUUGAUGACACUUGCCUUUCCAACAUCUAUUACUACAAAAGCAAGAAUUAUGGGUGUGAGCCAUAUGAUCCACCAGCCUUUAGGGCAUGGGCAAUGAGAGGAUGGUGCACAGCAGUUCCUCCAGUAUUAAAGCUAUUUAACAAGUUGAUAGAUAAUGGAUUUAAGGUAAUACUCCUUACUGGAAGAGAUAAAGAGAUACUUGGUCAAGUUACCAUUGACAACUUGCAUAAUCAAGGAUUCAUUGGAUAUGAACGACUCAUUAUGAGGACAACGGUAUAUAAAGGACAAAAUGCAGUAACAUAUAAAUCAAAUAUAAGGAAGAACCUGGAGGAUGAAGGUUAUAGGAUAUGGGGUAAUGUGGGGGAUCAAUGGAGUGAUCUUCAAGGAUACUCUUUUGGAAAUCGUACAUUUAAACUUCCAAAUCCUAUGUAUUUUGUUCCCUAA